GUUACUUUGUUUAGUUCCGGUGUAAGAUGUAGCCUCCUUAUUUUUUUAUUUUGUGCAGUAGUUACUGUUUACAGACCUAUUGUCAAAAACUGAGCUUAUGGUGAACUGAAGACAACAUGCAGCAGAAAUCAGAAUACCUAUCCAUAAAUCUCUGUGUGCCUUUUCCAUCCAAUGAAGAGGCAAAUAUUGCCUAUGGAUCGCUGAGUGUAGACAAGGAACCCAAAAGAGGAGGAGGAAAAAAGACCAUGGAAGUCAAAGACAAACAACUCCACGUCCAUUUUGAAGCAAAGGAAGCAAAGCUCUUACGUGUCAGUGUGAAUUCAUUUUUUGACUACCUGAAUUUGGUGGUGCAGACAAUGGAUCAGUUUGGGCCACCUUUGCCUGCCACAUAGUAGUUUCGGACAACUGGACAGUAUCUGUGUGACAUUUGAUUACAUCAUGGCAGCUACCAUUCUGUGGAAUAAGAAAUCUUGGUGUAAAUGAUUUGUAGAGGACAUUUCAUGACUGUUUAUGUUUAUAAGUGUCUUUUGUUGCAUAAUCACUAAACAUUGAGUCAUAUAACAAUAACUGAACACUUACUUUGGUGUAUCUUUACUGGAGCCAGAAAUUUCUGGAUGUGGACUGUUACAUGUUUAUUAAGAGUUAAAAGGGUACAGAGAAAUAUUGCUGUGAUGCAGCAUUCAUCAUAAUACUUGUAUCAACUUUUUACAUUAUAUUGGACUAAUAGCUUCCUAGGAUGAAGAACACCAAAAUCGCUGUCACAAGGUCUAGGGUCGAUUUUGUUAAAAACCCUCCAGUAUUUUUUUCUGAUUAACUAAAAGAACUGAAAAGCCCAGGGUCAUGUUAUUUGGCUGAUAGCUUCUUGUGAUGAAGUCCAACAAAAUUUACUAAGGAGGAAUGAUGUUGACCCAUUUUAUUUUCAAGAUCACAGCGAUCAAAUGUGCUAUAAUAGUUGGGUUUUUUUCUGAAAAACCAAUACAUGGAUCCCAAGGUAAAUGAUAUUAAUUAAAUCGGUAAUAUACAUGAACAAAGGUGUACUGUUUUUUAUCAGUGACCUAAAUAAACACUAAAAAUCACAUGAAUUAAAUAAAAUUUAAAUAAAUGGUAAACAUAAUGUAUAUUUUCCAUUUUGACCCAUGAACAUAAGUUAUUUCCUAGUUUUCAGUUGCACAAUAUGCAUUCUUAUUUACUAGUAAUGUACAGAAAUUAUCAUGAAAUUUAUAUAGCUAUGUUCUUAAGUCUCUUCUGGUCUGCAAUUUAUUAGAUCAAGGGAACAAAAGCUGUACCCGACCCUACAGCUAUACGCUCGUUUUCCCAUCCCAUAAAAAUAUUUGUAUAUGUUAUAAUGUAUUGACUAUUUUGAUUAAUGAAUAGAUAUUGUUUAAAAUACCCGACCCUAAGCCUAAGGUCUACAAAAAUGUAAGUUCAUGACUGUUGAUUUAAUUCAAGUUAAUAUACACAUAAUGAUUUUCAGUAAAUUGACUAUUUCAUCAUAUAGUGAGUGAUAUUCAAAUGAAUCGAGUUCUUCUUUAGGUGCUUCCAAAAACCACUGUAACAGAAAUAAUUGUUUUAUUGACAUUUCAAAUUUAGUCAUAAAGUGGGGACACUUUUAUGAAUCUGGGGUUUGCUGUACCUGACAUUAUGUGGUCUUCUCUAUGUAUCCAGCAUUGUUUGUGUCCUGUUUAUACAUUAUAAUCUGGAAUCACCAAAAUAAUCGUUGAUCCAUGCUGAUUUUAUCUUUUUAACUGUAAGUUAAAUCUCUUAUUUGUGUGUGUCCAAUUGCUUUUUAUUCGAAAUUGACUUGUUGCUGGACUGUGAAGAAGAAAAUUAGUUACAAACUAAAUGAUAAAUUUGCAAAUUCUUCAAAUUAUUUCGAAAACUGUUUUGAAAUCAUUUAUUGACUUCAAUAUUGAUAUAACAUUAUUCUUACAGCCCAUGUUGCACACCCAUCAAGGGUCAAAUGUUUGCCAGAUCUCCAGUUUACUUAUCUUCCUCAAACUUGAGAUUUUGAUUUUGCAUUGUGACAUUUUAACCAGCGCAGAGCUUGUAUCAAUAUAAGAUGAACACAAAUUAUGAUUGGUCUACAGGAAAGUACCAUAAUUACGUGAUUAUGAUUAUUAUUUGUACUAUUAAUCCAUCAAAAUAAAUUACCAUAUAUUAAAUGAUAAAUUAAUUAACUGUUAUGAGUAAUGUUGUAUCACUCUACCGAUCAGUUGAUCAAAAUCAUAUAUACAUAUAUAUCUGUAUGAAGAGACCACUUAAAGGAAGUUGAUAAAUUGCCUCUUAAUGGAGAUAGUCUCUUAAUAAUUGUACUCAUUGAUUUACUUGAUAAAAUGUCGAUUACAAUGAAUAAUAAUAUGUUCCAAGCAGAAAAUU